ACACACACACACUCACAGUCUACUCUCGUCUAAAAACGCGAGAAUUUCCAGACGUCGGACGCCUGUUUUUGUGAAUACUGGGCGCGAAUACUUUGGUGGCGGUCCUCUCUGUUCAGGUGGAUGCAGCUGGUUGUCAGCAGCGUCCCGACAAGAUGUCAAAGAGGAAAAGCAGCGGUGCUACUGACAAGCCCCACAAGCGGGCCAAACCUGAGGAUGACGGAGGUUCCAGUCCACCAAACUCCCCUCUCCACUCUCGUGUUGCUGACGUUGGCAUUGUGGAGAGCAUCACGUUAAAAAACUUCAUGUGCCACUCUCUCCUUGGCCCGUUCACUUUUGGGUCCAAUGUCAACUUUGUCGUUGGCAGCAAUGGAAGUGGAAAGAGUGCUGUUCUGACAGCUCUCAUAGUUGCUCUGGGCGGGAAUGCACAGGCCACAAACAGAGGAUCCUCUCUCAAGGGCUUUGUAAAGGAGGGAGAGAGUUCAGCUGAUGUAUCAAUCACCCUGUGUAACAAAGGAAGGGAUGCCUUUAAACCGGAAGCGUAUGGCACAGCCAUCAAUGUUGACCUGAGAAUAACUCGUGAGGGGCUAAGGACAUACAAACUGAGGAGCAAAUCUGGGAAUAUUAUUUCGACCAAAAAAGAAGAGCUCAUGUGCAUUCUGGACAAUUUGAAUAUUCAGGUUAACAACCCUGUGUCAAUUCUCACUCAAGAGAUGAGCAAGUACUUUCUACACUCUAAAGGAGAGGGAGACAAAUAUAGGUUUUUUAUGAAAGCUACCCAACUAGAGCAGAUGAGAGAGGACUUUGUCUACAUAAAAUCCACCAAGCACAUUACAGAAGACAAAAUGUCACAGCAGGGAGAGUGCGUUGAGGAACUGAAACAGAAGUACCAGGAGAAAAUGGACCGUUACAAGAGCUUGGCCUCACUGGAUGAAAUGCACAGCAAACUGGAGGAGCUGCAGAAGCAGAUGGCUUGGGCUCUGGUGAUUGAGAUGGAGAGGGAGAUACAGCCAAUGAGAGAGAAGCUGCAGUCAGACAGGCAGUCUACAGGGAAAUAUGAUGAGAAGGUGGAAGAAUGGAAGAACAAAGUAGAGGAGGCUGAGCAGAAGUACAAGCAGAUCCAAGACCAGUUGGAGGGCAUCACCCAGCGCAUCCAGGAGCUCCAGCCACAGUGUACUCAGCUCAAGACUGAGGUCCAGAAACGCAACAGCCUUCUGAAGUCUAGCGAGGUCAGCGUCCACAGAUGCAGGACUAACCUGAGGGACCUGGAAAAGGACAAGACUCAACUCUCUACACGAAUAGAAGAGCUGAAGUUCAGCAUCAGUCAGACAACUGGUGCAGAGAGCCAGGCAAGGGCAGUGCGUAUGGAGCAGAUCCGGGCUGAACUGGAAAAUAUGCAACACCAGAUCUCAACCCUGGGCCAGCAGAUCAACCAGUACGAACAGGCCUCCAGCCGUGCCAAGGAUGAACUAAACAAAAUGAGGCAGGAGCAGCAUAACCUCCAUAGGUCUAUUGAAGCAAACCGGAAAAACCUUCAGAUUAUGGAAAGCAGUCGCUCCAAUUGCCUGCGACGCUUCGGGGAGCACAUGCCUGCCCUCCUCAGCAGCAUUCAGGAAGCCCACAGGAAAGGCCAAUUCAAACAGAGACCUCGAGGACCACUGGGUUACUGUAUUAGCUUGAAGGAUCCAGAGUUGGCCUUAGCUGUAGAGGUUUGUCUGAAGAGUUUUCUUCAUUCCUUCACUUGUGACAACUACGAUGAUGAGAAGGUGCUUCAGGGCCUUAUGGCCAGAGUGUUAAAAGGAGGCCGCAGGCCCACCAUCAUCACCAGCGCCUUCCUCUCAAACGUUCACGACACCACCAGCAGGGCUGUGAAUCACCCUGAAUAUCCCUCAGUGCUACAAGCCCUAGAAAUUGAGGAUCCAGUUGUGGCCAACUGCCUGAUUGAUCAGAGGGGAAUAGAGAGCAUUCUGCUUAUCAAGAAUCGUACAGAGGCUCGAAGAGUGAUGCAGCGUGGAAACCCACCAAGAAACUGCAACCAGGCCUUCUCUGUGGAGGGAGACCAGAUCUUCACUAAUCGUACUUACACAGCUGACCAGCCCAGAGCCAAAUUCCUCUCUAGUGAUAUUGAGGAGGAGAUCAGACACUCGCAGGGUGAGCUGGAGAACCAAAAGGCCCACGCUGCUCGUUUCCAGCAGCAGAUGAGGAAUGUAGAGGAGGACAUCAAAAAGAAUGAGGGGUUGCUGAAGAGAGCCCACACAGAACAGAGGAUGAUCAAAGAUAAAGCCUCUAAGCUGCAGCUUGAGCUGACAGACCUGCAGAAUGUGGAAGAACCUCAGUCAGAGGACCUCAACCCUCUGGAAGAGGAUCUCCAGGAGAUCAUUGCUAAGAUCUCAUCCAAGCGCACAGAGCUUGAGGAGGCACGGGCUCAAAUGGCCAAGCUCAAGGCCUCGUAUGACGCAGCAGAGCAGGAGUAUAAGCAGCACAAAGAUCAGAUCAGCGCAGUUGCUGAGGAGGCCGACUCCAUCAAGGAGGAGCUGAGUAAGAGUGACCAGGAGGGGGUGAGGUGCAAGCACCACAAGAAACACUAUGAGGACAAGCGCAAGGUCCACCUCAAAAGCAUAGAGACCCUAGAAGCCAGCUUGAAUGUCAAGGAGCAGGAACUCGCUACCUCUGUGGCCAAAGCCAGUGAGAUCUGUCCAGAGCGCACUGAAGUUCGGCGGACAGCUAAGAGUCUGGACAGUGAGAUCAGCCGCCUGAAGACUAAGAUCACCACCCAGCAAGGCCAGCAGGGCGACCGUGAGGAGAUUGUCAGGCAGUACCAUGAAGCUCUCACAAACUACAAGGACAUGAAACACCAGGUGAAGAACCUCAACAAUUUCAUCAAGACUCUGGACAACAUCAUCUCCAUGAGACUGAAAGCUUACGCUGACUUAAGAAGGUUUUUGUCAGCUCGCUGUAAAUACUACUUUGAUAGCAUGCUGGCCCAGAGAGGCUACACAGGGAGUAUGACCUUUGACCACAAGAAUGAAACCCUCUCCAUCACGGUGCAGCCAGGUGCAGGAAACAAGGCUGACUUGAGUGACAUGCGCUCCCUGUCAGGCGGCGAGCGCUCCUUCUCCACCGUUUGCUUCGUUCUGUCUCUGUGGGCCAUCACAGAGGCACCAUUCCGCUGCCUUGACGAGUUUGAUGUCUACAUGGACAUGGUGAACCGGAGGAUAUCCAUGGAUAUGAUGCUGAAGGUUGCUGCUAGCCAACGCAACAGACAGUUCAUCUUUCUCACCCCGCAGAGCAUGAGCACUCUCCCAGAGACCGACCUCAUCAGAAUCCUGCGUCUCAAAGACCCAGACCGAAGCCACGGCGCUGGGCAGAGAAAUGGAGAGGAAGAACAGGACUGAUGCCAACUUGUCACCUCAGAUAGCAGGUGUCACUGUGUAGAGAAAUGUGUUGGAUUUUCUUUUGUUGUCUGUUCUUUUCCUUGUAUUUUCAAGCUAUAUUUGUUGUAAACUGUUAAAGAAGUGAAUUGAAAGACUGCAGUUUUGCAGUUUUACAGUUUUUGAAGAAUUGUUUAAAUAAAUUGUAAAGAAUUAUGUUUUUUGCAUAUUACUUUGUUACAGUGCUCAUCCUGUGAUGUAAUACAACCAGUUUGGCUGCUCAUGGGAAAUAAUCAGUUUAUUUUUUUAAACAAAAAUAAAUAGGCACUUUCUCAAUAUCAA